UUCUCUCUAGCCAGUAUUGUUUAUUUAAUUUCUUUGGAUUUUGGUGUUUUUUAAGGUUUGUUUGUUUGGAUGUUGGAGAAUGAGAGGGAAUGGAAUCUUUGGGGUAUUUUUUUUCCUGCAUUUUUCCUUUCUUUUUUACUUGUAUUUUGUGAAGUCCGAAUGGAGCGUCAUUGUUUUGUUUUUUGUAAUGUUGAAAUGUGGAGAUUUGUUGGAUCUUUCUAUGAGUUUCUGUUUGGAUCUUGGGAAAGGAAAUGCUGAAAAUGGCUUGAGGAAAGGAUUAGAAAGAACGAGGAAAAUAGGAGGAAAAGCUUCUGUUGUCAAGCUAGUUUCUCAAAUUUCUGUUCAUGUUCUUUAGUCUUUUGAGUCUUUUGAUGGUCGAGCCUAAUAAUUACUUUAUUUAAAGAAUUUUUUAGAGUGUUUGAAUCUUUCUGCUGGAAAAAGCUUGAAUUGAAGCGCAGGAAAGAAAUGAUUUUCCCUGGUAAAGUUUAUCUUGGGAUUUGGCUUUCAAUUGGUAUGUAGGGGAAUUAGACUUAACAGUUCUGCCAUUUGGUUUGGACGAGUUUAGCAUUGUGUUCUCUGGGUCCUAAAUGAUGAAAAAAUCUAGGCUCUGUUUCAGAAAAAUGCUGAAACAUACAUUAAAGGAACCUUAACAUUUGAAAUUUGAAUUUUAUGUUCCCUCUACGCUGAAAAAUCUCUCUCUACUUCCAUUUGGAUUUGGUUGAAUUGAAAAGCGUAAGCCAGAAAUUUAAAACAAAAGAAAUGUCACUGAUCUUUUGGUCUUGUUUCAUCUGCAUCUCUUGGUUUUAAAAUCGUUUUUCCAUUAUUUAUGAACCGUUUCUGGUUCUUUAAUUCAGGCUUUUUUUUCUUUUUUCCAUAUGAAGAAAACGGAGGAGGUCAUUGCCUUAUUUGUCUUGUUGGAAAAAAUUGUUUUCCAACUUUUUUUUUCCCCUGUUUUUCUUCCAUCAAAAUUUGCAAUAUAUAGCGGAGGUGAUCUGGAAUCAAGAAUCAAGGCAGGCAGAUUUGGGGCAAAAACUGCCUAAACCUUGUUGCGGGGCCUUCAGAGAGAAAAUCAUUGUUCUUUAGCUAGCUUAUUUUCUCGUCAUCCGAGAAUUAUUAGGGGGUUCAUUGGAUUUUUUUUUUUUUUUUUGAGGAAAUUAACUGCGACAGAACGUGGCAAUUUUUCUUGUUAGGUUCUCAUAUUGCAGUUUUUAAACACUUACAGGUAUUAAUUUGCCCUCAACAACCCUGGUCGUCUUUGGGUAUUCGGGCAGAAGGUUCUUUGUGGAGACUAGUCAUUUCUUCACUAACUACCCUGGUCAUCUUUGGGUAUUCGGAUCGCAUGGCCUUAGAACAGGACUUCCCAGAGCUUGCAGCACAACACGAAUCUGACGGAGAUGUUUCACUCCAGAAAAAAUGGAAAGCCAUCUCAGCUUCAGAAGCUGCCUCGGAAAAUUCUAAUGGCAGUUUUGAUUGCAACAUCUGCUUAGACUCUGCCCAUGACCCCGUCGUCACCCUCUGUGGCCACUUGUACUGCUGGCCCUGCAUAUACAAGUGGCUCCAUGUCCAGAGCACCUCCCCUGUUACAGAGCAGCAGCAGAACUGCCCCGUCUGUAAAAGCAACAUCUCCCACACUUCACUAGUCCCCCUUUACGGCCGUGGCCCAUCCCCAUCUGAAUCAGAAGCAAAGAAGCUCCACGUUGGCCCUGCUAUACCCCGCAGGCCGCCAGCUCAUGGGGUGCACACGUUGAUAACUACGACUACUUCAGCCUCUUUGAACUCUCAUCCAAGUCGGCAUCUUCAUCCUAAUCCUUUCCAGUCACAUUCACAACACUUUCCCUACCCUUAUGGUGGUUAUGCUGCCACUCCAACAUUGACCAGCGUAUUGAAUCCAACUAUUGGGAUGUUUGGAGAGAUGGUUUUCUCUAGGAUGUUUGGGAGCUCAGACACAAGUUUGUUCGCCUAUCCCUAUCCGAAUACUUAUCCUCUGAUGGCCAGUGCCAAUCCUAGGAUGAGAAGGCAGGAAAUGCAGCUAGACAGAUGUCUCAACAGAGUAUCCAUCUUUCUCUUCUGUUGCUUUAUUCUUUGUCUUCUCUCGUUCUGACUUCAUUCUUCCACCCCUCUCACCCUUUGUAAAGAUGUAAAAAAUCGUAAGAUUAAAGUUUGUUUGUCCAAAUUACGGAAUCAAUUAGGCUUGUAUGCUGUAAGAGAUAUUGCAGAAAAAUAACUCUCUUGUGAGUCUUCUUAUUUGUACAUAAGACCCUUUACUUGUGUUGGAAGUGAGGCUUUAUAAACAUCCCUCAUAAGAUCUCUUGUUGUUUCUCAUU